AAAAGAGGAGCCCCUUAAAUGUGCGUUUUUUUAAUUGUUAAUCCUUUAUUUUGGUGUGUCUCUGGGGAUGAUGCCGUUGCCGCUGGUGCCACUCUCCCUGUCGCCAUGACGAUGCCGCUCAGCCCCCUCUCCAGCGACGAGGAGCAGCAAAGGAUGCUGGGAAACAGUCAACACCUUUAUCCAGGGGCGGAAGAGGAAGAAGAAGAGGAGGAGGAGGAGGAAGAGGAAAUGGAUGAUGAUGGCGUGGACGAGGAAGGCGAGGAGGAGAACGGAGAGCUGGAGUUGGAUGACGAAGAGGACGUGGACAACGAAGAUGACAUUAGGCGAGGACCAGGGCGUUUGAGAGGAGGCAGGGAAGAGGGGCACAGGCAAAAAGGCACAAUGGCUGGACGACUUCCAGGAGACAGACCACUACGACCCGGCAACCCGGGCCACACGGCCAACCCGUAUUCGUCCAACCCUGGACCCACCCACCAAGCGCCGGCUAAUCAGCAGCAGCAGCCGCAACAGCAGCGGAAGCUACGAGAGCGAAGCUCGAGCAACGCACCUGACGACACACACAUAGCUAUGAUGGUCUUUCGGAUUGGCAUUCCUGAUAUCAAACAGACGAAGUGUCUGAGGUUCAACCCUGAUGCAACCGUAUGGAAGGCAAAGCAGCAGGUGCUGUGUAGUCUAACUGAAUCUCUAAGGGAUGUAUUAAACUAUGGCCUUUUCCAACCUGCUACUGACGGGCAUGAUGCCAAGUUCCUGGAGGAAGAGAGGCCGCUCCGCGAAUACCCACAAUCCUUUGAGAAAGGAGUACCCUACCUGGAGUUCCGCUACAAAACCAGGGUGUAUAAACAGACAAAUCUAGAUGAAAAACAGCUGGCCAAACUACACACAAAGGCCAGUCUGAAGAAGUUCAUGGACUAUAUCCAGGCCGGGGCUGUGGAAAAGGUAGCCAAACUUGUAGACAAAGGCCUUGACCCCAACUACCACGACCCUGAUACGGGAGAGACUCCACUCACUCUGGCCGUACAGACAGAGCCGGGCGGAGGGGAGAUCAUCAGGGUGCUGGUGAUGGGGGGAGCUCACAUUGACUUCAGGGCAAAGGAUGGCUUGACCCCUCUCCAUAAGGCUGUCAGAGCACAUGCGCACACUGCCCUACUGACGCUGUUGUCUUUGGGGGCAUCUCCUGAUUAUAAGGACCGCCGCGGGCUGACACCACUUUACCACACUGUGCUGAUAGGGGGCGACACCUCCUGCUGCGAGACCCUCCUCUACCACAGAGCCAAGCUGGGGCUCCGUGAUGAGAACGGCUGGGACGAAACCCAUCAGGCUUGUCAAAAUGGGAACUCUCAACACUUAGAGCACCUGCUUUUUUAUGGUGCAGACUCCUCAUCCCAGAAUGCCUCAGGAAACACUGCCCUGCACAUAUGUGCUUUAUAUAACAAGGAGAGCUGUGCCCGCAUUCUGCUGUAUCGAGGAGCCAAUAAGGACACAAAGAAUAACAGUGGGCAGACCCCCUUCCAGGUGGCUGUGAUGUCUGGCCAUUUUGAGCUGGGAGAAAUCAUUAAAAACCAUCGUGAAUCAGACGUAGUUCCCUUUUUGGAGUCUCCAAAGUUUGCCCCCCAGAGGAGGGAGAGUUCUCGUACUCUUGGAUUGCCCCACCCUCAUCCCUUCUUGCGGGCCAACAGUGACAACAGCAUGAACGUGCCAGACUGGAUCGCUUUUCCCAACGCUGCUGGAUCAAACCUAGUCUCCGUGCAGGGUCUAAAGCAUGGCGGCACCUUGCGUAGCUCCAGCAGUCCCCGUGGAGCACGAACCCGUUCCCCAUCUCGUGGCCGAACAGGCGACCGAGACGACCGGAGCCGGCAAACACGGGGAAGACAAGGGGCCGGCUCUAUCAGUAGUCAGGGCACAGCAAGCGGGCAGCGGCGGCGUCUCUACAGUGCAGUGCCUGGCCGUGUGUUUGUGGCCACCCGCUCGCACUCAGCCCAGGGGGACCGCGAGAUCAGCUUCAACAAGGGAGACAAAGUCAAAGUGUUGAGUGUGGGUGAAGGAGGUUAUUGGGAGGGGACGGUUCGCGGACGCACGGGCUGGUUCCCCUCUGACUGCGUGGAGGAGGUGGCUCUCCGCAGCCUGGAGUCCCGUUCAGAGAGCCGCAGCGAGAGAGCCAAGCGACUCUUCCGACAUUACACUGUUGGAUCCUACGACAGCUUUGACGCACCCAGUGACUACAUAAUCAAGGAGAAGACAGUCCUCCUGCAGAAAAAAGACAAUGAAGGUUUUGGCUUUGUGCUGAGAGGAGCCAAGGCUCAGACCCCUAUAGAAGAGUUCACUCCCACCCCAGCCUUUCCAGCACUGCAGUACCUUGAGUCUGUCGACGAGGGAGGCGUGGCUUGGAGAGCUGGUCUGCGAAUGGGAGACUUCCUUAUCGAGGUGAAUGGUCAGAAUGUGGUUAAGGUGGGACACAGGCAGGUGGUCAAUAUGAUCAGGCAAGGCGGCAACAGCCUCAUGGUCAAGGUUGUCAUGGUUACCCGGAACCCUGAUAUGGAGGAAGGGGUCCGAAAGAAAAUCCCACAGCAGAGUAAAAGGCUGAGCACACCGGCUAUCGCUCUGCGCUCCAAAUCCAUGACAUCAGAACUGGAAGAGAUGGUGGACAGAGCCUCUGCCCCAUGGAAAAAAAAAUCAGAGUUCGAGUCUUCACAAGCUACAGAGAAGAAGAGGACAGUUUAUCAGAUGGCUUUGAAUAAACUGGAUGAAAUUUUAGCAGCAGCACAGCAGACCAUCAAUACCAAUGAGGCCCCAGGGCCCCGGGUUCAGGGGGUAAAAAGAGAACGGGGCAGAGGCUUUUAUAAUGAGCCAAGUUUUGACCAAUCGGGAAUGGGGAUGACAUCAUCUGGGGCAGGGCUAGGCUAUGACCGUGGUCAAUUUGUGUCUGGCCACGGCCCCCCGCACGGUAUGCUGCGACAGAAGUCCAUCGGGGUUCCAGAGGAGGAGAAGCAGUUCCUUCAUCCUCCAGCCAUGAAGUUUGCCCGCAGUCUUUCAGUACCUGGCCCAGAUGACAUCCCUCCUCCCCCUACUACAGCUCCCCCUGAGCCCCCUUUCUCCUCAGCUCCCCCUCUUGGCUUUAGGGGCAAGACAUCCCAGCAGCCGUCUGUUUCUCUGUCCCAAUCCACUUCCUCUUCUGCACAUUAUCAGCUCUACUCACAGUCAGUACAUGUCACACAUGGACCCAGAGACAGGUCCCCUGGACCACCUGCUGGGUCCGGAACCGGGGACCUCUCUUACUCCCAUGCUCAAGCCCACCCCUCUGUGCCAAGCAGGACUGCCUCCAGAAAGGUGAUUGGGUACACAGGGGACCUUGCAGGGGCUGGAGGAGCACCAGGAGCCAAGGCAGCAGCACUGAGAAGGGGCUACAGCAAUGCAGUCCCACCCACUAGUGUCGCUACUGUAAUUCCACAACAGCAGCAGACUACUCAGAGCCAACCUUCCAGGAUGGAACGCAGUGCGAUAGGGGCAGGAGCAGGUGGCGUACCGAAAGGUGGUGCACGGAGAGGGAAGGGGCCCUUGGUGAAGCAGUCAAAGGUGGAGGAUCUGCGUCAGGGACAGGGCACACUGGAAGGGAAGGGGUCAGUGGAGAAGAGCUCUAUUCCUAUCCCAACCAUCAUCGUUAAAGCUCCUUCCACCAGCAGCAGUGGUCGCAGUAGCCAAGGCAGCAGCAUGGAGGCUGAACCGCCUCCUCCAGGAGAGAGUGACAGUUCUAAACCCCAACCUAUUGUGCCCCCACCUGCACCCACCGUACCACCGCCAGCCCCUCCAUCUAUACCUGCUCCCCCACCCCCAUCACUGCCAUCACUUCAUACUCAAGAGAGUUUGGACUUCACCAGCCAGUUUGGUGCUGCCAUAGUAGGGGCAGCUCGCAGGGAUCGAGAACGAUUCCAUGAAGCACGACGGAAGAGUGCCUCCUUUUUUCUUUCUGCCGAGGAAGAGUUGGGUGGAGCAGGAGAAGCGGGAGGACGGACCCAGACUUCCCAACAGUUGCUGAGUUCCCAGCCUUCACCACGCCUGCGACCGUCCAAAUCUAUAGAUGAAGGCAUGUUCUCAGGUGAUACUUUUAUCCACCACACACGCAGUAUGCCUCCUGCCUUCGGCCUGCCUGAGUACUCCUCACCUGCUCCUCCUGGGGAUUACCAGCCUAAGUCUGUACCUGCUGACUUCUAUGGGGCGGGAGGCCGACAACAGCAGCAGCAGCAGCAGCAGCAGCAGCAAGCCUCCACCACAACUUUCAUUCACCCAUUAACGGGGAAAGUUCUGGACCCUUCAUCCCCACUAGGCUUGGCGCUGGCUGCAAGGGAACGUGCCUUGAAAGAUGAUGGUCGCAUACGCAGGGAGAGGACCACUGAACAUCAUUUUACCCGUCAGUUGUCCAGUAUUGGGGCCUUUCCCUCGUCCACUGCACAACCAACGUCACACAUCUCCUACUCAAUGGCCUCGUCUUCCUCUGCAACCUCCUCUGCUGCUCAGUCCUCAAGCUCCUCCUCGUACCUUGUUACCUCCUCAUCACUCGCUGCCACCACUACAUCCACUCGGCCUCCAUCUCCCAGGAUCCUGCGUGGAGCAGGAAGCAGCUGGGGUGAGGAAGCAGGGGUAGGAGAGCGUGCAGAUAGGGAGGCUGCUGGCACCUCUGCUCCCAGAGAAGGCCUAAGGGUUCGUUUCUCUGAGGAUAAAACUGUCCACACGCACCACUAUCAGUCUCAGCAUUAUCAGCCUACCUACAAGGAGCGCGAACGAGAGCGGCAGAGAGAGAGGUCACGAGAAAGAGAGAGAGAACGAGAGAGGGAAAGAGAGAUAGAAAAAGCUCAGACCCAGUUACAGCAGCAGUCCACACAGUCAACGCCCCAGCAGCCUCGACGCCCCUCGUUCUUGAGGAUGGAGAGUGAGGCUGGGGCAUACAUCCUUUCCUUGACACCACCUUCUCCACCUCCAACAACAGCCCCUACACGUCCUUCAGCAGGAGCUGCAGGUGAAGGUGCAAGUGGCACAGGUCUGAUGGUUCUCCCUCCCCCAGCUCCCUCAGUAGAUGCAGAUGAUGAGUUUGUGUUUGUUGAUCCUCUCCCUCCACCUCUGGAGUUUGCCAAUAGUUUUGAUCGUGGUUUGAGUUACUCUGCGAUGAUGUCCCACAAUGUGACAGCCCGCCAACAGCUUCAUCAUCCACCUCCACCACCACCUCCCCCGCCACCUCCUCCCCCUCCAAAAGACUCCUUUAUGUCUGGGUUCCCACCUCACACACCUCUGCCCUCACCCCAGGCAGGAGAUUCCACAACUUCCAGCCUUACUUCCUAUGACAGUGAGGUCGCCAACCUCACCCAGUCAGCCCCGUCUCCCUCUCCAUCUUCCCCCAACCCAUUACCGCCUCCCUCCCCCUCCACCUUGCAGCCCUCUGGGCCACCUCCACCUCCUUCUGUAUCACCUCCGCCACCACCCACCUCCUACCAUAGACCGUUUGGCCUAUCUCAGUCACAACACUUAUACAACAGUACAAAUUCAGCCGGACGCUCCUCUUCUCCCACACCACCUCCUCUCUCUAUUCCAGCUCCACCUGCCUACCGGGGUCCUCCGACAGCAACAUCCACCCCAGCAACUUCUGUAUCUCUCAGAGGCGCCUCAACUGUGACCGCAAGCUGUUCCGCAACUGCUUCUACAACUGUCGUAUCUUCUGCUACUACCGCUGCUGCCACUGUCACUCCACACACACGCAUUGCAACUGUCUCCACAGUAGCUACAGGGGGUAGCAGACGGCCCAGUGCAGAGCAUCAUCCGCCACCCAGUGCAGCUGCAACUAAGAGUGGCGAGUCCCAGGAGACAGUGGUGGAUUCUGGGAUUGAGGAGCUGGACAGCCGAAGCAGCAGCGACCAUCACUUAGACAACAUCCUUGCACUCAGUGGUAGUGGGGUCAGAGAAAGGUUGGAGAGAGCAGGGAUGGGUAGCUUAGGUGGAGUUGGAGAGAGAGGUGGGGCAACAGAGGCCGACAGAACAAGUGGGGCAGACUUUUUAGAGUCUUACAUGAGCUAUCUUGAUGGACAGACUUUUGAAAUGCACAAUGCCAAAGCCGCAUCCACCUACCCAAAAACACAGAGGUACAGAGAAGGGAGCCGGGCUGGAGAUCUUCGACGCCAAACCAGCACGGCACCCCCUGCAUACCACCGUCGUAGGGAGGAGGAAGAGGAGGAGGAGGAGGAGGAGGCAGAAGAGGGAGAGGAGGAGGACGUGAAUGUCCGCGAUGGCUAUGGAAUGAGGGAAGGGCCAGGGAUUGCUCGCUCCUCUGUAAUGUACUUUGACCGGCCCCGCACUCCAGAGAUAAAACCUCUGUGGGGUGAUGGGUCGGCCGGAGCAGCGCAGUCCAUGGGGGAGGGAGGGGUCCAGACUGGUGGGACAUAUGUGGAGGCACGUAAACUGCAUCCUCCCAUGUCUGGUAUGAAGGCAAGCAUCAUCAAUGAACUCAGCACCAAAUUACAGCAGAGGAGCAAAGGAACGGAGAACUGGGGAGCUCAGAGAUCACUGAGCAGACAUAGGUUCUCAGAGGACUCCACAGGUGCACUGAGUCCUCCCUCUGUCCGCUCUAGCUCCCCAUCUCCUGUACAGCUCUCUCAGCCUGCCUUGUCUCCCUCCCCCACCCCUUCUUCCCAGCCGCUCUACCCAAACUGGGCUCGAUCUCCUUCCCCUCAGCCCCCUGCUGCCUCAUCCCACCCUCCUCCCCGAUCCCACUCACCUGUUUCUCCCUCUUCAUAUUCGCCGUACCCCACCUCACCCAAACACCGGCCCGUUUACCGCACCAAAGCCCUGGAGUUCCAGUUUAUCCCCAGCCGAGAGUCACGGAAGGCAGAGUCGCAUCAUGCUCAGCGCAGACGAGCACCCAGCCCGUUAAUUUCUCCUUCUGACCGCCCCAAGCUUGGCCCUCCCCGCCCCUCUUCCCUUCCCAUUCUCCCUACCACGCCCCUCUAUAGCAGCUUGUAUGACCUCCGUGGUUCUAUUACUCCACCCUCACCUGCUAAUCCUCUUGGGGACCCCUACUUCUCCCCCUCUCCCCCUCUCUUUGCCCCCUCGGGGGCUCCACCUCCUCCAAAUUCCUCUCUAGUGGUCUCUCGCUCCUUGUCCCCCACCCACUUCCUGUCAGGGACUUCAUCCCCACCACUCCACCCCAUUCCUCCACCCACUUGCCUGAGUUACCCCCACCUGCCGCCCCCUUCACCCACCAAACCCUUUGCCUCCAAACCACUCUCAUACUGGACCAAGUAUGACGUUGCGGAUUGGCUGGGCUACCUGAACCUGGGUGAGCACAGGGAGCGAUUCCUAGACAACGAGAUUGAUGGCACGCACCUGCCCUCUCUUACCAAGGACGACUACCUGGACCUGGGUGUGACCAGGGUUGGCCAUCGCAUGAACAUAGAGAGGGCUCUCAGGAGAGUGAUGGACAGGCUGUCUUCUAGCACUUUCCCCAUUUCUGCCCUCUCCUCUCGAGAUGAACGGACAGACAGAAGGAGAGAUGAGGCCAACCGGAGUUGAGAGGACAGGAAAGAUGAGGUGACAACUGCUGCCAUCAGAGAUUAUUCCCUGAAUUAAGAAAAAUGCAGGAGGAAGUGACUUCAACAUCAAACUGCCGACUCGCAGAUGGAGAGAUACAGGAGAAACGGAGAGAACUGAAGGCCUGUCGAACUGUGAACAUGCCUGCGCUUGCGUGUGUUUCAGUCAGUGAACAUGAACACCCAUGAACAUCCACAUGCACAUCCGUACAUAUCAACAUUUAAACAGAACACACUUAGUUUGAGCUUGCAGGCACUCACAAGGUGAUCAAAAUGGAAAUAGAUCGGGGAAACUAACUCUACGAGGAUACCCAAGUUCAACAUGAGAAGGUAACAUACUACUUAACUGAGCCAAAUAAUUUGAGGGAAACAAUCAAAAUGCUCUUUAGCUUUCCUGUUUUUCUGUAGUUCUAUAGGAUGAGAUAGGGAGAAAGAGAGAUAUUGAAACCUCCUUUGCUAUCUUUCUCUUUUUCUCAGAUUUUCAGCUGAGUCUGUAUUACUGGCAAAUAUUUACUAAUGGUCUUGUUUAUAGAGUAGGUUCAAUGGAGACCAAUGCAGGGAGGGCAAGUACUGAUAAACCUCCUGUCUGGCAUGACUAGGGAUGCCCUUAAAAUAGAGGUCAAUUUAACGGCAGGCACUUAUUUGGUAAGACUGUGUUUAUGCUUGGGUUCCUGUUGUUUGUGUGUGAGUGCGUGUGUGCGUGUACUUGAUAAUGUGAAAGGUUAUCACUAGAGGCAUGACCGUGAUUUGUUAUGUGUUUUUACCUCACCAAUGGAGGGAUUCUAUUUUGCCGAAGCCAGAUUGGGGCUUGUGCUUAUCUUGUAUUUCACUAGAACUUCUUUACCUUCUCAUGUCUUAUAAUGAAAUAAUAUAUAAACAUAAAUAUAUAUAUAUAAAUAUAUAUAUAUAUACAUAUACAGACUGGUCACUGUAUUACAAACCCGUAGCAAAAAUAAGUGCCCAGACCAACAUAACAGACACACAAGCGCUCUACCACCUACACACAUGCACUCAGUACAUCCUCAGCCUACUGAUAGCAACAUACACAAACGUACGACAACACCUGUCGAUGACGAUACACUCAUCUCUUUUAUUUAUAUAACACAUAAUGGGACACAAUAAAAUAUCUAUGUAUGGAUACAAGAUGAAGAUAGUUAUAACGCAAAAAAUCUUUUAAAGAAGGAAGAUGAUACAACAUUGUAAAAAGAAAAGUAUAUAUAUACUGAAAAUUUAUCAACAUUUUUACCACAGACUCUCAAAAUAUAGAGGUGACUACGACUUCAACGAACCUAUCAACGAUAUCAAGGCUCCAUUUUAAAAGAGGAGACAACAUGGAGACGAGGGAGAGGGAAAACCAAACUGCCUGUAUUUCUUUCCAAGUCACUCUCCCUCUCUCCUUCCAAAAAACACUCUUUCUAUGGAGGCGAGGCAAGACGAACAUGCACUCUGACAUGGGUGAGGGAUAUGUGCUAAUAUCUGUUUUAAUAUGAUGAUUGUUCCUAUAACAAUUUUUAAACUCUAAGUGGGUCUGGAGUUCUGUUGUUGAUUUAACAAGAGAUGUUAUUAAUUGCAGUCACUGUUCUCAUCGUCCUUGCUGUUAUCGCUAUAAGCUGCAGUGUUUCUUGUUAGUUUCUGAGCGCAAAUGCUGGACAGGUGUUUAUGCUUGACUUUAUUUUAUUAUUAUUUUUUUUUUGUGACCACAUGCAACGUGUUCAGAUCUUUGGUACCUCUAGGACUUAAAUUAGAGACAAGACUUUCAUAUCUUUCAAUGUCCCUCACCCUCCUGCUUUCCCUUCCAAAUCAAAAUGAUUGUGUCAUCACUUUGUAUGCAAGGACUAUCAAGAAGUUUAUUGUGUUUGGCAGUAGAUAUACCCUUUACAUUCAUAUUCCAUCACUCAAACUUAUAAGUAAAUCUGGUGACCUCCAGCCCUCAUCUCCCACAUCACAAAUUGUUGCUCAAUCAAUUAAAAGGGCUCCUCAUCAUCACAUUGCACCUUUCAUGAGUUAUUCAUCGUUUUUCUCUUCCUUUCAUCUGCAGUCACCUUGAGUCCAAACCACCAACACCUUCACCUUUAUGUUACCUUCCUGUCUAUGUCUCUUUCAGGACCAUCGGUAAAGAUUUUGCCCCCUUCAUCUCCCUCUGCCCAUCUUGCAUCUGUUCAUCCUCUCAGAAUGAGUGUGGGAUUCAUGCAUCAUUCAUCACAGCGCUGGCUUUACCUUAAUCACCCAUACUGGAUAAAACGAUUGAAGAACUCAUUGUAUUUUUGAUGUUUAAGACUGGUAAGUAUAGUGAUGUUGAUAACAGUAAGGACAAUGAAAGAAUUUAUCAUUCUGAGAUGGAAAAAAAGGAUUCCAAGUUUUAAAGAAUCUCUGUCUUCCAAAUGUUUAACAUGAGUUUAACGUGUAAUCGAAUCAUGCUUUCUACACAUCCUGUUGUCUCAUCUUUCCAUAGUCAAAUUCAUCAACCCAAUUCGCUUAAAUAGCAGCUGGUGUUGUACUCUAAUGAAUGGUAAAUAUUCUCAUUUUCCAAUAUUGUCCACUAGGUGGAGUAAAAGUCACACAGUUCUCACCUCUCUGACAGUUUCAGUCGAGUGUCUGAAUGAAGGAUUGGACCAUGCAAAAGACAAUGCAAAAAAAAAAUAAAAAACACAAAAAAUA